AUCAAUGUUUGAUUGAUAGAUGAAUGAUCCAUUGUUUUACAAUCUUUUGUUUAAGAUUGAAAUUAGUGUUGGGUAAAAACGUCAUGAGGGUGGAAAUUGCUGUGAAAUAAGUGCUCAUUUAUAUGUGAAUUACCAGAAUGAGAGUUUUGAUUUGGAUAAUCCUUUUAGAAUAUUGUGCUUUGAUCAACGGCCUCACACGUUACACUUGUUUGACUUCAAUUGGACGAGGUUUUAUUGAUGGUUCAUCAGAGGAAAUUGGACUUGGAGGAGGGAUACCCAUGUCUGGUUCCUUAUCAUGUGACAAACCAAAUUCCAAAAUUCUUGUGACAAGAAUUAUUCAUGGAUUUGGGAAUUUUAGAGCAUGCGCUAACUCCGAUCAAUCAUGUGACAAAGAAAUGUAUUCCGACACUACUAUUGCUUCCCAAUGUGAUGGGCAAGACUCAUGUUUUAUACACACCUUUCCUGAAUGGCUGGAAAAAUGUAGUAUGAUGAGUGACUUUGUUCAUGUAGAAUAUGAAUGUAUUUUUGAUACUUCUUUAUUUGAUGUUUGUCGUGAAACUACAAAGACAGUCACAGACACAUCUGUAUAUGUCGUAUCGCCGAAUGUAUUUAAAGGGCCAUCAUCUCGGAAUUGGAAAGUGUGUGAAUGCAUUAUAAAUUCAAGGUUCACAGAACAAGUAAUGGCAGACUAUAUCCAUUCCGAUGUGUUGGCAAACGGCGAUAAAUGCACUGCUAACCAUGUUCUAAUAGAAAGUAAGCGUUUACCAAAUCAAACAACGAUUGAUAAAACGGUAGAAGUAUGUGGACGCCGUACUGUAAGUAACCAGAUGUUCCGAGGUUCUGUUAGACUGACAUACAAGAAUAGUGGAGGUUCUAGUGAUGAUGGAUUUCUUGCUAAAUUUAGAGUUCCACCAUUAGACGAAGGUGCAGAAAUAAAGAUGCAAUGUGGACCUGUCAGAUCAGCUGACGACGAAAGUGAUGAUACUCAACCGGAAUCUUCUCAAUCUUCGCAAGGGUUCAAAUCAUUUCGUGGGAAUUUUAAUGAUAGAUCAGGUGGUCGACAAUCCGUAUGGAAUAACCAUCCAGCAAUGCCACCGUUUAUAGGUUCUCCUAUUACUCCAUGGGGAGCGCUAGUUCCUCCAUUCCGAAACCCACAUUUUCAUGGAUGGCAACAACAGUCACCACAAAACAGAAAUAAUCCUUGGGGAACCGGAAACACUAAUAAUUCAAAUAAUAAAUGGAACAGUCAAAAAAAAGGCGGUUCACCUUGGGAUAACACAAAUCGAGGCACUUCUACGAACCGUCCAUGGCCAAGUCAAUCUUCUACAAACACUAGGAAUAUCAAUGACCUACCUUUACAGUCGCCGAGAGAUCCAAGAAGAUUUUCUUUAACAAACGAAGCUCAUAGUUCUCCAUCUGCAGGACAGUUAGGUGUUACAAAUCCUCCAAAACAACAGACAGUAACUAAAGUUACAUCAUCACAAUCGGAUCCCAGAAUCAUGGCAGUAGACAGAAGUCCUGGUUUUAUUCCAUGGACACAAACAAACCCGAAACCUAAGAUUAAGAACGGUUUCAUACCUUGGACAUCAGUUAAAAAUCAGAAGAAAAACGUUAAAACAAGCGGCUCGAAUAUCCAGACUGAUACAAUACAUGUUUCUCAAUCCAAAACCCCAAGAGUACAAGCAUCAACUGAAGGACCACGUCUUCCAUCAUCGGUCCAGUUUAUCGGUAAUAAACAAUCCUUGAGGAUGACUGGUGAGGCAGCCAAGAUAAACAAUGAUACUGAUCCAUCGCCACCGACACGGCUAACAGCUGAAACUGAUUCAAAAAGGAAUUCAUCAAAAGGAGAAAGUCUAGCAUAUAUCAUAGGAGGAACAGGAGCUGGGUUGAUAGCGUUCUGCUGUUUUGCAUGUUUCGUAAUAAGAAAGUCUAGAAGCAGGGAUGAAACACAGCAAAAAUCGUGUGAUAUUGAACAAAAUUGUAAUGAUUCAAUCAGUGACGAUCCAACCUACGCAACACCCUCUGAAGUAAGUCUCCGUACUCCGUGUCCUGCGCUUGAUAAUGACGCUUACGAAGAAGAUCAACCUCCCACUAAUACAGUAGAGGUUAAUGAAGAGAACGGAGAUAUUGAACAAACUUGUAGUGAUUCAAUAAACGGAGACCCAACUUACGCAACACCCUCUGAAGUAAGCCUCCGUACGACGUGUCAUGCGCUUAAUGACGCUUACCAGUUAGAUCAACCUCCCACUAAUACAGUAGAGGUUAACGAAGAGAACGGAGAUUCAGCAAUUAUUACAUCAAUUUCAACACAAACAUAUACAGACUAUACAGAAGAAAACUCCAUUUAUGAUAAUAAUUUUAAAAAUUGAGUUAUAUUAAAUUUUUCAAGAUCCAAAUUCUUUGUUAGAAAUCCCAUUGUAUAAAAUCUUUUACGGCUUUUUAAUCGCGGU